GGGGGUGGAGUGUGAGGGUGGACCAAUUUGAAAAGAGUUGGUAAUUUAUUGUGGGAAUUCGCUCUAAUUGAAAAAUAACAGUUAAAUAGUGAUUAAAUAGAAUGUUGUCCUUCAGAGUUGUCAAUAUUUUUUGUUGUUGCUUGAGAGGAACAAUUAGGAAGGAGGAGAGGAACAAUCGCCAGCCUGUUGUUUUCAUUACGCAAUUCCCUUUUGCGUUCAAUCAAUUUAGAAAAAGGCUGGAAAUAAUGAUUCAUCAACAACUUUAUUGUUAGUGCUUAGUGUUUCGGGCUUUUAUUUCAACAGAGAAAUUCCAAAAUUCACCUAUUUGGAACUUGGAUCAGUUCCUCCAUCGACUUGUAGUCCGAACCUAUACUAAAAAUUUUUUAUUAACCACAAUGGAACUUCUUCCUAUUAACAGUCGAUUAUUAUUAUUUUUGUCUUUAUUCCUAUUUAUAUUUCCUUUAAAUGUUGUUGCUCAACGGCAUCGUUACCCACAUAAUCAAGGAAAUUAUUUCAGCAGACAAAAACUGCAAGAAAUCCAGAAGGAAGAAAACGAGGCUGAAAGCUCAUUGCCAAAAAUCUUCUGCGCGCAUGGAGCUUCAGUAGGUGGCCGUUGUAUAUGUGAUCAUGGAUGGGCCGGUACCAAUUGUCAGAGGGAAAUGCAUUGUGCUACUUUUGAGCGAACUGCUAAUGGAAGCUGCCCAGUCUGUCAGUCCAAUUUCCAAGGGGAUAAGUGCGAAUAUAUUGAAUGCCAAAAUGGAGGGCAGGAAUCAUUAGAAACUCAAAAUUGUAACUGUCCAAAGCCUUAUUCUGGUCGUUUUUGUGAUGAAUUACUUACAGAAAAUGUCUACCACUAUUAUAACUCUAAAGUAGCAACCCUCGGUCCUCUUGGACUUAUUUCUGUUAUACCAAUGAUUUGUCUUUAUGUUUUAUGUGAAAGAUUUGCAAGAAAAAGACAAGUGAGAAGAAUUGAGAAAACCUGGAAUUUACAGAGCAGUAAAACUGUAAAUCCUGCUCAUAUUGAAUUUUUAUUAAGGGAGAAGAGUUGAAAUAAAUUAGAAUUAAAAUUGUUUUUACGGGUGGUUAUCACUCAUAUUAGCCUUAUUUGUGUGUAUAUUCUUUGAAUUAAGUAGGUACAUUACAGGUGUGCCGUUUCGCCUUUCGUCUUGCGCCUUUCAUCCUUCACUUUUUUGUAUUUCCACUUUCGCCUUUCCCCCCUUUGUCUUUUGUUAU